ACACUAGGCCUGCUCAAUUUUGUUACCGUUAUGAAUUAAAAAAUAAAAUGAAUUGCAACGGAUUUCAUGACACUAUAACAAUUUUUAUGAUCGUUUACCCAAAACAUUAUAUUUGCUAAAUUAAUCUUCUAUGUUUGUUAAUCAACAACAAAACUAAUUUUUAAAAAUGUAUCUAAAAUGUAGAAUCUAACCAAUACGAGAUUAUCUUAUCUUGUUUUAAAAUGUCAACAGAUCUACAAUCUAAACAACGAUCUUCCAUGCGUACCCAGUAGAUCAUAGUUCAGUCCAGACAUAAAUUCUAGAUCUAGAAUCUAGAUCUACGUGUAAUCACUAAGAAUCUGUCACUAACUAUUUAAAUCCACCUCAGUAUCUAGAAUCUACAUAAUAUUUGCGAAUGUUGAGUAGCAAUGACUGCAAAAAAUAUUGCAGUGGUUGAUGAAGAAAUCUUUGAUGAGAGUGAAGAAGAAUUGGUUGAUUCUCAGCUACCAGUUGUGUGCCACCAGAAUCGGCACUUUGGCAAAAUAGAAGGAUCCAAUCUUUGUUUACAAUGUUGGCGAAUGAAAGAGCGGAUGAAGACUGUCAGUGUUGCACUUGUUCUUUGUCUAAAUGUUGGCGUUGAUCCUCCAGAUGUUGUAAAAAUAUCUCCUUGUGCUCGGAUGGAAUGUUGGAUUGAUCCUCAUACUAUGAGUCCUCAAAAAGCUUUAGAGUCCAUAGGUUCAAAUUUACAAAAGCAAUAUGAAAGAUGGCAACCAAAAGCUAGAUACAAGCAAUCGCUUGAUCCCACAGUUGAGGAAAUGAAAAAGCUAUGUGUAUCAUUGAGAAGAAAUGCCAAGGAAGAAAGGGUUUUGUUUCAUUAUAUUGGCCAUGGUGUUCCUAAGCCAACAUCAAAUGGUGAAAUUUGGGUUUUUAAUAAGAGUUAUACCCAGUACAUUCCAUUAUCAUUGUAUGACUUACAAGUCUGGAUGGGAAGUCCUUCAAUCUACGUUUUUGACUGUUCAAAUGCUGGCAUCAUUAUAGACCUCUUUAGAACAUUCACAGCUCAAAGAGAACAAGAGGCUGGAAGUACAUCAACACCACUAAAUGCUGAACAAAGCAUACCAUCAAGCAUUAAAAAUAGUAUUCUUCUAGCUGCUUGUGGGUCUACUGAACACUUACCAAUGAACCCUGACCUUCCUGCUGAUCUUUUCACAUCUUGUUUGACUACACCCAUCAAAGUUGCAUUGAGAUGGUAUGUUUUACAAAACAGAAGUCUUGUACCAGGAUUAACUAUGGAAAUGGUUGAUAAAAUACCUGGCCAGCUGAGUGACAGAAGAACUAUGCUGGGAGAGUUAAACUGGAUUUUUACAGCUAUUACUGAUACUAUAGCCUGGAAUUCACUGCCACGAGAAUUGUUUCAGAAGCUUUUUAGACAAGAUCUACUUGUUGCAAGUUUAUUUAGAAACUUUCUACUUGCUGAGCGUAUCAUGAGAUCAUAUAACUGCAUACCUAUUUCAAACCCUAAAUUACCAUCAACACAUCAGCAUACUAUGUGGCAAGCUUGGGACUUAGCUUUAGACCUUUGCUUGCAACAGCUGACUUUGAAACCAUUGAUGGCAGAUGGGAUGACAUUUCUUCAUAGUCCGUUCUUUGCAGAACAAUUAACAGCAUUUAAAGUUUGGUUAGAUUUUGGUUCUGAGACCAGACGUCCACCAGAGCAAUUACCAAUUGUACUGCAGGUGCUACUAAGUCAAGUCCACAGAGUGCGGGCCUUAGAUUUGUUAGGAAAAUUUCUUGAUCUUGGUCAUUGGGCUGUUAAUUUGGCCCUGUCUGUAGGAAUUUUCCCAUAUGUCUUAAAACUGCUUCAAAGUUCUGCUAAGGAAUUAAGACCUCUACUUGUAUUUAUAUGGGCUAAAAUUUUAGCUGUUGACCCGUCUUGUCAGAUAGAUCUUGUGAAGGACAGUGGUCACAAAUAUUUUUUGGGUGUACUUUCAGAAACUUCAAUGGCAGCUGAGCAUAGAACAAUGGCAGCUUUUGUCAUGGCAAUAAUCAUGAACAAUUAUGCUCCAGGAAGGGAAGCUGCCCUGAAGGAUAAUACUAUAUCAAUAUGUCUUGAACAGCUGGGGGAUGCUAAUCCACAUCUUCGACAGUGGUUAGCACUUUGUUUAGCAAAGGUAUGGAGUAAUUUUGAUAAUGCUCGCUGGUGUGGUGUUCGGGACCGUGCACAUGAAAAGCUAUCCAAGCUUCUCUCUGACCCUGAGCCUGAGGUGAGGGCAGCUGCAAUAUUUGCCCUAGGAACAUUUGUGUCUAGAGCAGUAGAUCGUACAGACCAUUCAGUUGCGGUGGAUGUAAACGUGGGAAAUCUCCUUGUUGCUUGUAUUACAGAUGGUAGUCCAUUGGUCAGAAAGGAGCUCGUUGUGGCCUUUGGUGGGUAUGUUUCAGUAUACCUCUCACAUUUUGUGAACAUUGUGAAAAAAAUACAAGAAGAAGAGGAAAAAGGAAAAGAAAGAAUGGUCAUGUCUCUGGAUGCAGCUAAUAUGUUUUCUCACAAAGAAUCAAGACCAGACAGCUUUGCAAGUGGUGGGAUGAAGAGAAGUCAUUCACGUGGCAGCUUUAAGAGUUUAACCACUUCGGAUAGAUACUGCAUGCUUCGUGCUGCCUCUAGCCAUCAGCUGUCAAGCAUGGCUUCUUCAGCCAGCUCAGACAACCUGAGUGAUGAACGUCUAAUGAUUCGACGCGUAUCUUCAGGAGCUUCUAUUGCUGGCCAAACUUUUGUCACUGUCUAUUCAUCAAUGUGGCAAGCACUAAAUGAAUUAGCUGCUGAUCCUCACUUAGAAGUGGCAGCCAUGUCUCGAAGCAUUAUCACUGCUGUUAAAAAAAAGGCUCUAACUACUGCACGACCAAGACAAGUUGUACAAGCUGUAGUGUCCCAGAAUAACCAUACUUUGUCAUCUAGUCCCUCCAGACCUGCUAAUAUGCCUUUUGGCACACCCCCACAGAACAUGCUAAGUCCUGGUAGUGCUCAGUAUUCUUUUGGUCAAUCUACAAGAAAAGUGUUGGACAAGACAAGCCCUAUGCCUGAUGAAGCCAAAGAAGAAGAUAAUGCUCCAAUCUCAGAGAAGGUGACAACACAGUUUUUUGACUGGAGCUGCAAAUACUUUGCUGAGCCUUUUAUGUGUCUGAAAGAUUAUCAAGAUCCAGAAAGUUCAAGCUAUCACCAGAGAGAAUACAGGUUCCUAAGAAAUGCCAGAGUUAGAUCUGUAGGACGAGAUCAACUGAGAGCAGGUGUCUCAAGGCUUGAUGAUCAGAUGUUUGUGAACAGGGUAGGCGCUGUUCCAACUGCUAUCAAAUUCCAUCCAUAUGAAAACUUCCUAGCAGUAGCUGAUAGCUAUAAUGUAUCUUUUUGGGACCUGGAGCAAGGAACUAAAAUAUCAGAUAUACCCAAUCCAGCUGCUGUGGACAGGGUCACACAACCAUUAAUACGUGUUAGUCGCAUCACAUCAAUAGAUUUCAUGAAUGCUCAUGAUCAAGCAUUAUUCAUGUUUUGUACAGAUGAUGGUGCAAUAAGAAUUUAUAGAAAUUUUCUCUCACCUUAUGAUGCAGACAAAGAAUUAGUCACAGCAUUUAAAGGUCUUUCAGAAUUGGUGCCAUCAGAAAGAGGUUCUGGUUUGGUGACUGAGUGGGAGCAAGAAACAUCUACAUUAAUUACUUCAGGAAAUGCAAGAAUUAUACGUUUGUGGGAUAUGCAAAAGGAGAAGAAAUUAAGUGAUAUCAGUACAGGAGCAGAAAGCUGUGUUACUAGCUUAGCCUCUGAUCCUCUAGGAAAGUCUCUGUUAAUAGCUGGGUGUGGAGAUGGAUCUGUAAGACUUUUUGAUAGAAGACUGAAUCCAGCAGAGUGCCGUGUCAUGACAUUAAAGGAGCACAACUCUUGGGUCCUUAAAGUUCAUUUACAGAGAGGGUCCGAGGGUAAAAUUGUUAGCGCUUGUUGUGAUGGAGAUAUACGGUUCUGGGAUCCUAGAUUUACAGACUCUGUCCGUGUGUAUAAUACACCCACAUCAUUAUCUUCUGUAGAUAUACAUCCGAGAGCAGAUAUCAUAGCAUGUGGAUCUACCAAUCAGUGCAUGACAGCAUACAGUCCUAAUGGAACAGUUCUAAGUACUGUAAAAUACCAUGAGGGAUUUUUAGGACAAAGAAUAGGGAAUGCAAGUUGCAUGUCAUUUCAUCCUUACCAGAUAAAACUUGCAACUGGUAGUGCUGAUUGUUUUGUUUCUAUAUACACUACAGCACGAAAUGUUCCUCCUCCUUAACACACAAAAUGUUCCUUCUCCGUAAUACAAGCAUUUGUCAAAAAUGUUCUUCAUGCAGUGGACUUUUGAAACUGCUAGAGAGUCUUGUGUUAUAAUAAUGAGUUCAUGUAUAAAGAAGUUUAGCUAAAUUAUAGUUGCUAAUAAAGAAUUAAUUCAUAAUUAAUGUUACCAAUCUUGUAAACCAGAAGUUUUUAAAGAAUACUUCAGCUAUUCAUUAAGUGAUAGCAGUUUUUUUAAUUUUUAGUUUUUUUUGCUAGAAAUUUCAAUACAGCACUUGGUGUGCAAAUUGUGUUUAGGAAUGUAUGUAACAUUUUUAAUACAAAAUAUGUUAUACAAUUUAAACAAAUGAUUUUUCAAUUCUGUUCCUGUUAUUAUGAAUACAGGUAUUUUUAAAACAGUUCACCUGUAAAUGUUUUAUUUUGUUAACAUCAGAAAACUAUUAACCUGGUAAAUUCAUAUCAUAUCUGUAAAUAGAAAUGUGUAAUAUUUGAGUUAUUUUGUUUCUGCGGUAAUUAUCUUCUGACUUAGUUUUUGAAUAAUAAUCUGUCUGUAUGAUGUCUGAAGAUUAUUGUUGUGUAUUUCCAAAAAGAUUUUGUUAACUAAUUGUAAUGAUUUAUUAGUAUUAGAUAAAGUGAUGACAUGUUUCUAUACAAAAAGUUUAUUCUCACACACACAUAAUUUAAUUAUUUCAUUAUCCUAAUAUAAUUGAAUUUUUAUAUUGUGAAAGUAGCCUACUUAAAAAUUAUUAGCACUUUGAUACGUAACUUUUUAAUAUGCAUAUUAUGUUAUCAAGUACAUUUUCUUUGAAAACUGUUGCAAGUUCCACACAUUUGAAGUCCACAUUUAUAAUUCUUUGAAAGACAGAUUUCACAACUUCUUAAGCUUUCUCCUUUACACCACCUUUAAAAAUGUAUAUUCUUGAGAUAUUCAACUUGCAUUUCCUAGUACCCUUAGUAGGUUGAGAUAUCAAAGGUAGUGCUGCUAAAAAGUUUGUUUUAAUUAAAUUCUCAUUAUUUCUAAGUGUAAUUAACUACUAUGCACAUGAAAAAAGUAAUUGCACAAUGAAUUAAGUUUAAUAUUACUUAAUCAAUAAAAAUGUUAUAGUUAAUAUUAUGGUUGACACAGUAUUACUACUAUAAUUUAUAGAACAUGAUAAGAAUGGUUGAACAUUGUCUUGUGCAUAUAAUAUAUUGUUAUUUUUUUAUAUGUACUGAUUAGAUGCAUUAAUGCAAAGAAAAAAGUUUGUGAAUGAAUUCCCAUUUGUGAUUCAUUUUUUUAUUUUUACUAGGUCUUCUUUUAGAGCUGCAUAUUGAAACUAUAUAUUUUAUAAUCUAAACCAUUUUCAAUUAAAGUAGCUACUUUCUAAAGUAUUAGGCAACCCAGCAUCAAUAUGCCACCUAUUAGUAUAAGUCACAUAAUGUUUAGAUUGUUAAAAUUAUUUCAUUACUUUGAUGAAUAACAUAUUUAACAUCUGCUUUUAAAAUUAAAGGUAAAAUAGUGUACUUUAAUUUGAUUAGAUUUUAAUGUAAAAAAGUAAUGUUUGCAUUAUUACUAUUGAAAAUCCUUGAAAUGUAAUGCUUGUAUGCAUAGUAAUCCAUUUUUACCAUAAUAUAAUGUGCAAUUCCACCUAAUAGAAAAUAACAGUUAUUUUAGUUUGAAUGUAUUGCAUUCUUUUUUUUUUAAGAUUUAUUAUUAAUUUCAAUCAAUAGAGAUAUAAAUAAUUUUUUGUAUAUUUUUAAAAUCAAAGACAUAAUUUUUAAGAAACUAAGUUAAAUUCUACUUUCACAACAAAAUUACUAAUUUAAUGAUCUAGGUUAAUUCUUUCCCUGUUUCAGGCUUACCUUAUGUUGAAAAAGAAAAGAUUUUUUUUUUAACCAAGCAUAUAACAAACUCAAAUUCUGAAACCUGCUUGUAGCAGAAGAUUUAUUUUAUAGAAAUUAAAAGAAUUAAACAUUUUUUUAGCAUAAUUGACUGUAAACAUACAUUGGUACAAAUAUUGCUGUGUAUUUUUCCCUACACCUUUUGAUAUAUCAUUGAUGUUUGAACUUCUAUUGUAAUUUUGUAUUUGAUUAACCAAAAAGGUGCAGUUUUUAAUCAUAAUAAAUUAGAUACACUAAUGCAGACAUUAAAAAAUAUUUGUAAAAUUACUUUGAAAUUACAUUUAAGCUAAUUAAUUUUGUUACUUUUUUCAAUGUAGUUUGAAAAUCAUAAAUCACUGUAUACUGCUCUUUAUAUUUUUAAGCAUUUUGCUUAACAAUAAUUUAUUAAAUGAAAUUGGUUAGUUUACUCUAGGGUUUCAAUAGUUGGUUUAUAAAUGUGCUGGCAUAAAUAGAGAAGAAUUUAUGAGAUUUUGAGGAUCAUAUUAUUGACCUCUGUUUUAUUUUUUAUUUUUUUUUAUUUUUUAGUCAAUAGUCAUGCAUGAUAAGCAUACUGCCAUUCACUUGUAUUUUAUUCUCUAGGUUGUAAAAUUAAAAACUGUGAUAUUCUGCCAGUUAGUCUUUCAAAAUCAUCACAAUAUGUCCUCAAAAAGUUUAUGUAGUUAACACCUGGUUUAAGUAUCUUCAGUGUCUUAACCAUGUGUUUUGUCAUGACAUAAUUAUUGUAAAUCCAAAAUUUGUUGUAGAAAAGUCUUUAAAUAUCCAAUCAGAUAUCAAAUAAAAUUUUGAGUGUUGAUGAGUUUAGCCUAAAGCAAGAGUUAGAACAAGAACACCAUUAUAGUUUCAUAUACCAAAAAGCUUAUGGUGAAAUCUGAAGAUAUGUAUAGAGAUAGUAAAUAACAAUGGGAAUUUCAUCUGUCAUUGUAAAUUAAAAGAAAAACAAAGUGUUAAAAAACUAAUUUUCUUAUUUAUGUUUUUAAAAUUCCUACAAAAACUGGCAAACAUUGCUGUAAGCUGUAUCAUGUUUUAUAAGAUAUUUAUAAGUGGUAACUGUUCUAAUUUGCUACUUUUUACAUAAUUUAUAUUGUUUCUGCUAACAGAAAUAUAUAAAUCUGUUCCAUUCAAUUAUGUAUUGUUUGUAUUUGCUGUGAGUUGUUUUGUAAGUCUUAUUUUCUAAUUAUAAUUGUGUCAUGUAGAUAUACAGAAUAUGGAGAAAAAAAUUCAUUGAUUUGCUAAUUUUCUAAGCAUUCAAUUAGAUAAUCUAAAAUUAUUAACUAAUGUAAUUUUUUCAGAAGUCACUUUUAUUCAAAGCUUAGAUCUACUAGGUUUCUUUUAAACUAAAAAAUCAAGGUUUUUUUCUUUAAAAAAAAAACUACACAAAAAUUAAACCAAAUUCCUAGGAAUCUGUCUAUUUCAAUUAACUCAGUUAUAGUGAACUUUUACUUUAAAUAUGAAUCUAAAGAAUCAAAAUGUAUAUAUUCUUUGCUUUAAAAAAGCUUAGAUAAUUGUAAUUUUAAACAAUUUCAAGACAAAACAAUCAUGCUGGGUUUUGAAUGUUAAAAAACUACUUUGAAAAAAGAGUAUCAACAUCAUAGCUUACUUAUUAAAUCAUAAACAUACAAAUGAAACUUGGUUGGUAAAAUUAUAUUGUACUAUAAUCUCCCUUAAUAAGAUCAGAUUUUAUUCCAAAAGCACAUCACUCUGAUUUACUAUUUUGAUUUUUCUGCAUAUCGGUAAAUGAAAUACUUAAGAAUAAUUUGUAUGCUUCAUUACUGAUUGUGUUAAUGACUAUCAAUGCAUUCUAGAAGCAACAAAUUUUUCAAAAAGUUAACUAUUGGCCUUUUUCUGUACUAUUAACUUUAUUUUAACAUUAUUUUUUUUAUGGGCAGAAUGUAACAAGACUUCAUUGUCUAAAGCCGUGUGCUCAGGAAUUAUAUUUUGUUUUAUAACCACUAGAUAAGCAUUUUCAAUUGACAUUGUUAAUGUACUACAGACUUUGUUUCUGGGAUAUGCUGUAUGACUUUUUUUUUUAUAAUUGUGCAUUUAUUAUACCAAGAAAUGUAAAAGAUUUAAAUAAACAAUGCAAGUUUAAAUAAAAAACAUGAUUUCC